AUGAGCCACCAGCACCCAUUGAGUAUCCAACUGAACGGUGAGCUCUACCAAGUAGAAGUAGAUCUACCAGAGACGCCGACAGCUGCAGCCUUUGCUACCCAGCAUAGCGGCCGCAUGGCGCGCACGCAGCCGGGCGAUCUGCUCUUCGAUCGCACCCUCGACCGGGUCGCUCUCCGUCUCGGCCCGGACCCCUCGACACCCCCGGUCCUCAUCCGGGCCGCCAAGCUCGUCCGGGCGGGCGGGAAGGGCUGGCUUGCUCCCGCCGCUUGGUGGGACAGGCUCUAUAAUACCGUCCCUCCCGUUCCUGGCGCCUCUCGAUCCCUGAAGAAUUUCUCUGUCGCCCUCGACCCGCUUCCUACCUCUUCAUGA